AAAAACGAAGAUCAACAUCGACAAGCUUAUUACGAAUUUAUUUUUAUCCACUUUGCGUGAACUCCAUUUUGGAGUUUAUUCCAUGUAGUGGUGUCUCUUUUUAGGUUUCGUUUUCUUCGUCAGUUGACACUAAGUGAAAACAGCUGUUGUUGUGGACACAUACACAAGGAUGGAUGCAAUAUUUAAUUUGCUUCAGCAGUACAGACUGCAGUCCUACUACAACCAGUUUCUGCAAAUGGGUGUGAAAGAUGAACAAGACUUCCUUGAUGGAGUGACUGAUGAGGAUUUGUACAGCCUUGGUUUAAGUCAUGUGGAAAAGAAUCGUUUUAACAACAUGAGAACCUUUAUCCAAAAACUAAGUGCUCCCCAGCGACGGGUCCAAACUGUGACACCACCGAAGACUUCAAACUCAUUUAGUCUGUGGUACACAUAUCCCAAAUGCCCCGAACGGAAACAGAUUAAAGAUAUGGACCCUGGACAAAACACUGUCGAAGAUCUGAUGUUGCGGAUCUCUUACCUUGAAAAAGUUGCCAACACCCAAGGGGUCUGCUUAUAUACCAUCGAUGGGAUGCCCCUGACAGAUGAUCCCUUCUUCAAUACUUGGUCUUUGAAAGAGAGACAUAUCCAAACUGGUGACACAGUCUAUGCCAUUUUCACUUCAAAGGAAAACCUAAGGCAGGCUCCUAAAAUGGCAAAGCAAAAGCCCUAUGAAGCGACUGGGACAGAAGUCAUUCGAUGCCACGUCAUGCUCAAGGGAUACUUUGAAGUUUGUGUGGACUUGGAAAGUGACACAAUGGCAACCCUGAGACAAAAAUUAUCAAAAACAAGUGGCAUCCCAGGACAUGUCCUUCAUCAGAAAGGGAAAUACUCCAUCAGCGACACACUGAAGAAGUGUGGAAUUUUGGAAGGCUCAACAGUUUCCUUCAGUUUGUCAUCUUUUUCUGAAGAAACUCCAUGUGAUGACAUGUUCUACUUCAACAAUGUUGUGCCUUCAGUGUCACAAACCCUGAAAGGAAUCAGUGUAUUUUUCUCAUCUCUUUAUGCUAUUGCAGAGCAUACAGACGUACCCCGCAAAAUGUUGCUUGCCUACGUAAGAAAACUGACUGGAUGUAACGCCCUCGUCCAGAGCUUGCAUCAGCUGUGCAGAAAUGAGAGAGUGACCAGAAACCAGAAGAUUGCCGUUGUUGAGGGCUUGUACAUGCUCUUCAGACAGCUUUUACCCAAGCAAGGAUCACAGCGAGGGGAAAAAACCAUCGAGGACCAGGAUGUUUUUGAGAACUCCUUAUACUGCUGGGCACACCUCAUCAACAAAGCAAAAGACCAGACGACUGAGCAUGAAGACUUUGCUCCGAUCAAUCUUGUGUCCGAAGACGGUAACCAUUUCUGUGAGCCAGUCAGAGUUCCCGGAGUGCCAACUGUCUUUGAAAGAGCUGAUGUUCUUGACAAAAUCAAGGAUGGCAUUAAAAUCCCAAAUUGCACCGAAGAGCCGUUGGGAGAAUGUUCCCUCCAGAGAGCUGCUGAUGUGGAGAAGAUACUUCUCAGCAUCCCUCGCUCUGUCCGUUCAUAUCCUCUCUGGAUUCAUCAUGACAAGGUGUCUGGUCACAACUUUCAGGUUAAUGUUGAGUGGACCUUUGGAAGUAUGGUGGAAGGACUAAAAGCUUUCACUUGCCUCAAUGUGACUCCACCUCUGCAGCUGAAGGAUCUGGGAUCAACUCGGUGUUCCCUCGUUAUGCUGAGCGAAGACAACCUCGGGGUUUAUCUCUACAAGGACAAAGGAUCCCCUGAUAUGAUCAAAGUGCAUGAUUGCCUGGACGGAAAAGUAAAAUUAGUGGAUCUGAAUAUUUUGGCUGCCAAGACUGGUGACCACAGAGAUGAUCAAACAUUUGUCACUACCAGGACUCCAAAAGAAGCAAUACUGGUACUGAUGGAUACCAGUUCCUCCAUGGAAGAAGAGUGCUAUGAAAAUGCAGAAAUAAAGAAAAUCAAUGCUGUGAAAGAGCUUUUUGACAACUUCGCCACCAGGAGCAUGGCCUAUGAUUUCCAUCAUGUCAUUGGGCUUGUGAAGUUUGAUUCCUUUGUGAAGACCCUCCAUACAUUUACUGAAAAUCUGGAAAAGUUCAAGGAACAUUUGCGUGACUUGAAGGCAAGUGGCUGUACUCUCCUGUACGAUGCGCUACGGCGAGGAGCUCGGGAGCUUGAAAAAGUCAAGGAGAGAUUCCCAGAUUGUAGACUUCGCAUCAUAUGCCUCACCGAUGGAAAUGACUCUGGAUCCCAGACAGAGCCUGUAGCUGUGACAGUGAAACUGCUCAAAUCUGACAUCAUUGUUGAUUCGAUCCUCCUGGGAAAUGUGGAGAACAACAUGGUGCAUGGGAUCAGCAAUGCAACAGGUGGUUGUUGUUUCAAGCCACAGACAACCAAAGAUGGCCUCAAACUCUUUGAAAUUGAGACAGUUCUGUCCUUGGAGCAAAGGAAACCCAAGAAAAAACUUGAUGCAUCUUCCAUCUCUGAGUCUGGAUUAAUGGGCUUCUUUGCUGUCCAUGGGUAUGAUGAAUAUCCAGAGACAUUCCUGCCAAGUCAGAUAAAUGGCAGAGUGACCCUGACUGAAAGUACCCUCAAAAAGAAGAUUCGUGAGUCAAAGGAUGGACGAUUCAUGGAAAAGGAAAAACGGAUCCUGGAGGAACUCAGAAGUCUGCACUGUGACCCACAUCCCUUCUUUAGAGUCUUUCCAUCAGAGUCUGAUUUCUCAUUCUGGAGGAUUCUCAUGCAGGGCCCUCCUGACACACCAUACCAGUCGGGCGUGUUUGAGCUGUACUGUCAGUUUGGACCCGACUACCCAGUGACACCUCCAGUCCUUCGUUUUGUCACAAACGUGUACCACUGCAAUGUUAACAGUGUGGGCCGGAUCUGUCACAACAUAUUCGACCGAAACUACAGUGCACACAUCACAAUGAAAGAGAUUUUUGAUGCUGUGUAUGGGCUGCUCAUCAUUCCUGAGCCAGAUGAUCCCCUGGAUAGCAUUUUGGCUGAGGAAUUCUUGACGAGCCGUGAAAUGUACGAACAAGAAGCCAAGAGGCACACGGAGGAGCAUGCAGGGAAGUCUUUGGAUGAUAUGGAAAAGAAACUGGUGGAUUCUGUGCCACAGUUUGUACCCCAACACCUGCUCUGUCCUCUGACCAAGAAGAUGUUUGUUGAUCCUGUGAAAACAGUUUAUGGCACUGUGUAUGAACGCAAAGCCAUCGAGAAGCAUCUCAAACAACACGAUCAUGAUCCACUGGCUGGACCAGGAAAUGAGCUUGAAAUGAAUGACUUGAUGUCAGACUGGAACAUGAAGAAAAUGGUGAUGGAUUACAGAUCUCAACAAAUUCAGUGAAUCUUCUUGGGAACAUUGUUUUUUUUUUUUUUUUUUUUUUUCAAAUUUCCACAGUGACCUUUAUGAUGAUGAUGGUUAGAAAAUGGCUUGUUUUUUUAUGUAUAGUUAACAUGCUUUGCUAUUAUGAUACAUGUUUAACUUAGUUAUCUGUAUGGUAUUAAUUUGUUACUAAUCAAGUUAGCAUGUGAUUUCUUUUGUAUAGCAUUUGAAAUUCUAUUUGACAUCUUGUUAAAGACAAAUUAAGUAUUUUUGCUUGUCUUUCACAUUCUUGCAUUUUGUACAUUGUUUUAAAAAAACUAAGGCUUGGAAUUUUUUUUUUUUUUUAUUAAUCAGCAUUUUCCUUUUUGCAUAUUGUCCUUUAUUUACAGCGUUUUUAAAGGCCUUUUGAGGAAACGGAAGUUGAAACAGCAUGUUUUGUCUGGUUUCUAAAUAAGCAAGUGGUUGAAUUUUUGGUACUUUAUAACUGACUCUUGUCUUGAGAGCUUGCAUGAAAUUAAACUUUGUCUUGACAGUUUAUAU